AUGCCGGAAGAGUCUGGACUACUAGAACAUGUGAAAGGAAUCUAUGAGUGUUCACGUACUCAUAACCUUACUGAACGUGAAACAACAGAACGAUUAUCAGCGUUGUUAUCAAAGAUGGGCGAGAGAAUAGCACAGAAUGAGCAAACGAUGGAUAGUUUGGUACACUCGAGUUCAUUGCUCGCCCAGACUCACACUGAAUUUGCAAGUCACGCGGGUCAUAUACAAACAGGCAGCAAACUUCUUUCAAAGUAUGAACGACGAGAACUCACUGAUAAAGUAUUGGUCACAAUUGCUCUCAUACUCUAUCUUGUUGUAAUUUACUUUAUACUGCAAAAACGGGUGCUUUCCAAGUUAUGGUUGUGGUGA